AUGAUUAUUCUUCCAGCAACCUUUGAGCUGAUAGUUGAUAGAUGGAUGGCUUCUAAGACUAGAACCGAUAUUGGUUGGAUUCUUCUUCAGAUAACAUUACUUCCCGCAAAUGGGUGUAUGCUGUUUUCUGGAGAAUCUUGCCUCGAAUCUACCCUCCUCCCAAGUGGGAUUAUGAAGGAGGUGUUCUUGAUCGAGCAAAAGGAAACAAACGUAACUGGAUUCUUGUUUGGGAAGAUGGGUUUUGUGAUCUUGAUGAAUGUGAGCGAAUUGGGAACAACGAUGGAUUCAUGA